CCCGGGCUGUAAGAUGUCGGCAGUGCUGCUGGAGGUGCUGGAGCGCGCGGAGCUCAACAAGCUGCCGCGGGGCGCGCAGACCAAGCUGGAGCGCCACUUGACGGAGCUGCGGACCCAGCACGAGCGGCUCCGAGCCGACUGCGACCAGCAGAACUUCGAUGUGGAGAAGCGUCUGACAGAGAGCCAGGAGCAGUUCCUCUCAACCGCCAGAGAUCUGCAGACCGUGAAGGAGGAGAACAGCCGACUCAAUGAGGAGCUGGUUACCCUGAAGGGCAUCGAGGGGGCGUCGACAGAUGGCAAACCACCUGAGCAGACGAAGGCCAAGCAUGAGAUCGAGGCGGAGAGGCGGGAGCUGGCCCGUCAGUUGGAGAAGAGGACCCAGGAGCUGGAGCACCUGACAGAGGAUGUGAGGCUUCUGAAGGAAAGGCUGGCAGAGAGCAACAGGGUGAAGAUGGAGGUCCAGUUGAAGCUGGCUGAGAUCCAGUCUUCAGAGGCUUCUAUCCAGGGCCGUGAGAGGCGUGUGGUGCAGGAGAAGCAGCUGCUGCAGCAGCAGACUGAGAGGCUGAGCGCUGAGCUGAAGACCAAGACAGAGGAGCUGCUGUCCUCCGCCAGGGAGAGGGGGCAGGAGACCCUGGAGCUACGCUGCGCCCUGGACACCACCACGGAGCAGGUCAGCGGUCUGCAGGGUCAGCUGGCCACCCUCAGGGAGGUCAGCGAAGGCCACCACAGGAGGGCGGAGGACCUCAACAACAAGUUGAAGCAGUGUAAGGAGCAGCAGUGUGCGAUGGAAGAGAAGUACCGUAAUGAACUCAACGCGCACAUCAAACUCUCCUCCCUCUACAAGGGGGCAGCAUCUGAAUCUGAGGACAAGAACCAGGAACUGGGCCGGGCGGUGGAGGAGCUCAGCAAACUGGUCAAGGACUCUGGAGAGGCAAAUAACGCGCUGCAGAAGAAGCUGUCUGAGGGGGAGGAGCUGAGGUCUCGUCUGCAGGCGGAGCUUAAAGAGAAGAUGAAGAAGAUGGAGAAGGAGGUGGAGAACGCCUCCAUGAAGGCAGCGAGCAAGCAAUGCUGUGUGCCCUCCCUGACGGAGGAGCAGCUGGACUCCAUGUGUCCGUCAGCGGCAGCCAUCGCUGAGAUAGUGAAGCCGGGGAUGAAGUUCUUUGAGCUGUACAACGCCUUCUCCAGCGCCCAGUCACAGCUGCAGCUGGAGAAGCAGGAGUCGCGCCGGGUGAGCCGGGUGCUGGAUGAGAUCGUCCAGGAGGUGGAGUCCAAGGCGCCGGUCCUGAGGAGGCAGAGGGAGGAGUACGAGGCGCUGCAGAGGUCCAUGGCCUCGCUGUGCAACAAGCUGGAGCUGGCCCGCGACGAGAUCCACGGUCUGCAGAAGGAGAAGGAGGAGGUGAAGCAGCACUGCAGUGAUCUGGAGAAGGAGAAGCUGAGGACAGAGAGACAGUUAGAGGACACUUCUACCCAGCUGUGCUCCCUGCUGGUGGAGAAGGAGCAGCAGAGAGGAGUCCGGGUGACCACGGAGGAGGACGCCACCUCCUCAGACAUCUCCAGCUCCUCGGAGGUGGUCAGCCCGCGCCACAUCUCCUUCAGCAGCGUCAAGGAGCUGCAGACGCAGAACCAGACCCUCUUGGGCCAGCUGAGAGGCCUGGAGGAGGAGAGGGACCGGCACACCGUCCAGAUCACAUCCUCACGGGUUAGUGAACUGGAGGUCAGGGUGGAGCAGCUUCAGAAGGAGGUGGAGCAGCUGAGAGAGCAGAGGAACCAGCAGAAGCAGCUGGCCGACUCAGGCUGCAGACAGAGAGACAUGUACCGCAUCCUGCUGACCCAGAACACUGGCUACAGCCUGCCCCCCCACGGUACAGAGGCCUCUCCCCUGCCAACUCCACCUCGCACGCCCAUUCCUGCUACUCGUUCUACGCCCCAGAGAGCUGCUGCUACUGAGUCGGCACAGAUAGCCCACGCCAAGGCGGCCCUGAAGCAGCUGAACGAUGCCUACAGUGUGUAUAAGAAGGAGAAGGCGGAGAAUGACCGGCUGCUGAGUGAGACGACGGAGCGUCUGCAGCAGGAAGUGAUGGAGCUGAGGGCCAGCAAGGCCAAGAUGGCCGCCCACACAGAGUUCAGCAACAAGAGGUACGACAUGCUGCAGGACACGGUGGCGGCGUACCGCAGGGAGAUCAGCGCCCUGCAGGCCCGCAGCACCCGGACGGCUGCUCUGAACCAGCAGCAGGAGAGCAUCAUCCACACGCUGACACAUGAUCUCCGCCUGACCAAUGAGAGGCUGGCCCUGGGGGAGGUGCGUGUGGAGAACAUGUCCAAGGAGAAGGACAUGUUGAGGCAGGCUGAGAGUCGUCUCUGUCAGGAGAAAGAAGUGAUGUUGUCAGAACAACGCAGCCAGAACCUGCUGCUCAACAACCUCAAGAGCAUCCAGUUGACAAUGGAACGCAAUGAGGCAGACACUUGCCAGCGAAUCAGCAGUAAGGUGGAGCACCUGGAGGCGGAGCUUGUUGCCAUGAGGACCAAGCUGGACCAGGAAGUAGAGCAGAGACAUGCGCAGGGCCGCAACAUGGACGCCCAGCUGCUGGAGGCCAAGAAGCAGCUGGAGAGUCAGAAUGUCCUGCAGCAGAAGACCAGGGAGCUGCUGAGGACGUCUGAGCAGCAGGUGGUGGCGCUGCGGGCCCAGCUGGCCUCCUCCUCCUCCUCUGCCUCCCUGGAGGCCGGAACCACGGCGACCGCCGCCUCCGGACCGGCCACCCGCGGUGCAGGGCUGAGGGCCCCCCCCAAAGGAGCAGCCUCCCCCGCCCAGCAGGAGGUGUCAGAGCUGAAGGAGCGUGUGCGAGGCGCUGAGGAGCAGAGCGGGGAGCUGAAGGAGCAGCUGAGGAGCGCCUCGGCCAGCGUGGAGCAGUACAAGGCAGUGGUGCUCUCCCUGGAGGACAGCCUGAAGAAGGAGAGACAGGCGCGGGUUCCUCUGGAGCUCAGGCUGAAGGAGCUGCAGGAGGUGCAGCAGCAGCUGGAGAAGAGGAUCCAGGAUGAGCAGAAGGAGAAGGAGCAGGGCCUGGAAGAGGGGCGGAGCGCACUGGUCGCUAUGGAGAAACGGGUGGGGGAGCUGCAGCGCAGUCUGAAGAGCAGCCAGUCGGAGCAGCAGGAGGCGCUGGAGAGGUGUGCGGCAGCCGUCAGCCAGGAGCAGAGAGCCACGCAGGACAGCAUCACGCAGACGAGGCUGGCAGCGGAGGCUCAGUCUAAGUACGAGAGGGAGUUGAUGCUCCAUGCAGCGGACGUGGAGGCCUUGCAGGUGCUGAAGAAACAGAGCCAGAAGGAGGCGGCGUCCAGGAGGCGUCUGGAGGAGCAGCUCAGCAACACCUCCUCCUCCCUGAGGGAGAAGACCGCUGGCUGGACCGCCCUGGAGAGGAAGAUGAAGGAGGACCUGGCCAGCCAGGCCCAGCGCUGUGGGGACCUGGGCCGGCAGAACAGCCUGCUGCACCAGCAGAUGGACCAGAUGGCCUCCAGUGCCAAGCAGCUGCUGCCGCCUCAGGCCCUGGACACGUCCCUCAGCGAGGAGGGGAAGACCACCCAGCAGAUCCUGGAGAUACUCAGGUUUGUGCGUCGGGAGAAGGAGAUCUCCCUGGCACAGUGCGAGGUCUCAGAAGGAGAGGCUCAGCGCUGCAGGCAGAGGCUGGAGGCCCAGGAGGCCGAGCGCAAGGACCUGCAGGAUGCCCUCAACACCGAAAGGGACAGGAUGCAGGACUUGCUGAAGAACGUGUCCCAGCAGGAGGAGAGGCUGAAGAAGAUGGAGGACAUCAAGGUGGUCCAGGAAGCCAACCGGCUGCUGAAAGCCGACCGAGACCGGCUGGAGCAGGAGCUACAGCAGGUCACCGCUAAGGUGUGCAAGCUGCAGAGCGACAUCGCCCCCCUCCAGCUCUCCCUCUCCCAGCAGGCCGAGCGGAUCGGCUCGCUGCAGGCCGAAAAGCGCCUCCUGGAGGAGGACCUGAAACGCUGGAGGAACCGGGCCCAGCAACUGGUGAGCCAACAGAAGGACAGCGAUGUUGAGGAGAAACAGAAACUGGCCAAUGAGAGAGAAGCUCAGCAGAAGCGCAUCACGCACAUGGCAGAGGAAUCUGCCAAGCUGAAGACGGAACUGGCCAGGGCCAACGCCAGCAGUAACUCGGCCCAGGCCCAGCUGCUGGGGCUCAAGGACACGGUGGCCCGGCUGAGCUCGGAGAGGGACAGCCUGAAGAAGGACACGGAGAGCAAGAACAACGAUAUCCUGGAGAAGAGCAAGAUCAUCACUCAGGUCAAGAAGAUCGGCCGCCGCUACAAGAUCCAGUACGAGGAGCUGAAGGUGCAGCACGACAAGCUGGUCGAGGAGGCUGCAGCUAAACCAGGAAGGGAUGCAGGGUCCGGACAGGAAGUGAGCCAGGAGCUGAAUCAGGCCAGGGAGGAGCUGAAUAAGACCAGGGAGGAGCUAAACUCCCACAAAGAGGAGGCGCAGAAGAAACAGGAGGAGCUCCAGAAGCUGCAGCAGGAAGUGGAGGAGGCGCGGAAGGAGAACCAGAAGUCGAAAGAGCAGCUGCAGGAGGUCCAAACCCAGGUGUCUCAGAACCAGGGGCAGCUUACACAGGUCCAGUCCCAGCUGUCCCAGGCUCAGAGCCAACUGGCUCAGAACCAGAACCAGGCCAGCCAGUCUCAGAAAGACCUUCAUCAAGCCAAGACCCACAGCCAGCAGCUCCUGACCCAGCUUAAGUCGGCCCAGGCCCAGGCCCAAGCUCGUCAGAGAGAGCUACAGCAGACCCUGGCCAAUCAGAAAGACCUCCAACAGACCCAGGUGACCACCCAGCAGAGUCACAACCAGGAACUCAACACCCUCAAGUCCAUUGUCAGCCAAUCAGAGAGAAAGGUGUCUGACCUCCAGAGCCGGCUGGAUGGCCUCCAAAAGAGGGUGAGUGAGCAGGAGGCAGAGAAACAGCAGCUACAGGAUCAGCUAGCUGCGGCUAACCAGGCUACCGACGGUAGCACAGCCAGUCAGAGUUCUCCAGCUAGCGAUUCUACGGCGGCCAGCGAUGCUAACAAGGCCCUGCAGGAAGAGCUAGCUAAGCUGAGACAAGAGCUGUCGGAGAGCAGCAGGCGGGAGGAGCAGCUCAGGCAGCAGAUGACCGAAAAGGAGGAGAAGAUUAAGAAGUCUUUCCUGGGAGCCAAGACCAAGAUCCACCAGCUCAACACUGCCAAGCAGCAGCUGUCCCAGCAGGUGGAGGAGCUGAGGCAGAGUCGUGAGGAGCAGGAGGUCCGGAUGGGCGCCCUGAAGUCUCAGUACGAGGGCCGGCUGCUGCGCCUGGACCGCGAGCGGAGGGGCCCCCCGGGGCCCGACAGCCGCGAGGAGGCCCCCGACCAGAGCUCCAGCAAGGUGUCGGACCACGCCCGGUCAGGUGACCAGAGACACCUGAAGAGCCCCGCCCAGGACCGGGGAAGCUCCAGUACGUCAGACCCGCCCACCGCCAACAUCAGACCCACCCCCAGCACCACGUCUCCUAGCAACAAGCCCAACCCCGCUUCCGGCAACAAGUCCACUCCCCGGGCCAGCAUCCGCCCCAUGGUUACCCCGGCAACCGUCUCCAUGCCCACACCCACUGCCACCGUCAUGCCGACCACCCAGACGGACAGCCAGGAAGUGGUGAUCAGCACCAGUGGCUCCGUCCACUCCACCAGCUCCGGCUUGGGGAACACGCCCACCUCCCUCAGCCAGCCAUCCAGCUCCCAGGCCACUGCUUUCGUCCAGCCCACCCAGCAGCAGGCGUCCAAUCAGGAAGUAGCAUCCAGCAUGGAUCAGGAGCGACCUUCCACAUCCUCUCCGGUGAUUGGAGGAGCGGGGCCGAAGCGUGUCAGAGAGGAGGAAGAGGAGGAGCCCGAGACAUCCCACAGCCCCCCCUCAAGCAAGAAACUACGGCUCAGACAAACAGUCACACUACUGGAGGAAGGAGAUGGAGGGAUGGAAGGAGAGGAUGAGAUGGACCGACCGGACUCAGUGGACGACAGCCAGGAGAUCCCAGAAGUUGGGUUUCCUGUGUUGGGGACGGAGGGGGAGGAGUCUGAGGAUGUGGGCGUGUCCCAGUCGGUCCCCUCAGACCAGGUGAUCCCCCAGGCCGCUCCUCAGGGCCGUGAUGUCAUCGUGAUUGACACUGACAGUGAGAGCCGCGAGAGCAAGGAGUCUGAGGAGGAGGAAGAGGAAGAGGAGGAGGAGAAGGAGGAAGAGGAGGAGGAGGAUGACGAGUAUAAGGAGGAAGAGGAUGAAGACACUGGGGACGGAGGGAUGGGGGCAGAGGGGAGUAACGAGGGGAGUGGAGGAGCAGAGGAGGAGGAGGAGGAGGGAGCCAUGAGUUCUGAGGACUCACAACCCGUCAAGGAGGAGGAGAACCUUGGUGCUGCCUCCUCAGACUGCUCCAGCCGGCCGUCCUCCCACAGCGGAGAGGGCAGCAGCAGUGCGGUGGAGCCCCUCCCCCCCAGAGAGAUGCCUUACCCCCAGCCCUCCUCCACAACCUCCUCCCCAGCUCCUCCCACCUCCUCCCUCACCCCUCGCCUCCCCCAGCCACGACGCCCCCCCCACCCCCUCCCCCCCCGCCUCUACAUACAACCGCCCGCCCCCGAACUGGGACCCCCACACACACAGAGACAGUCCUCCCAGCUGCGGAGGCCUUCGGUUGGCCGAGGGCCCCAGCUGACCCCUGGCAUCGGCAGCAUGCAGCAUUUCUUUGACGACGAUGACCGGAUGGUCCCCAGCACCCCGACGCUGGUGGUCCCCCACCGCACCGACGGCUUCGCUGAGGCUAUCCACUCCCCACAGGUGGCGGCUCUGUCCACGCGGUUCAGGUUCGGGCCCCCGGAGGACCUGCUACCCCAGAGCUCAGGGCACUCGGACCUGGGGCAGCUGGCCUCGCACGGAGGUCUGGGGAUGUAUGAGUCUCCUCUGUUCCUGGCGGCUCAUGAGGAGGAGGGCGGGGGGAGGAGCGUCCCCACGACCCCGCUGCAGAUCGCUGCUCCAGUGACGGUGUUCUCUGAGUCUUUGCCUCUGGACAGCAGUGACAACAUGGCCUCCCAGUCGGUUCCCAUGGUUACCAACUCCGGUGGGAUGGGGGCCGGCGACGACGAGGUCUUCAUGGAGCAGGAGGGGGAGGGCCUCCAGGGGUCCUCAGAGAGCCACCCAGACCCAGAGGCCUCCGGGCAGCAGAGUGAGGAUGCAGUGCUGCCCUCCACCAGCCAGGACCCCGACAGCAGCAGUGCUCCCCGCCGGCCUCUAGUGGGCCACGCCCAGAGCAGCAGUCUGGCCUCCAGAGGACCAGCCUUCAGAGGCAGGGGGGACGGGCGUACCACGCUCAUCCGCAGGGGUGUCACUUUCUCCCGUGCCGGUAGAGGAGGUGUCCCUCAGUGAUGUCAUCUAUCCAGUCAGCCAAUCAGGAUGCUGGGAUGUUCUUCAUAACCAUGUUAUUGUUUCCUGUGUUUAUAGCCGUAGGUCUGUUAGUAUCAACAUAGUGGUAGUGAUGGAGCUAUGUGCUACGCUUGUUUUAGCCACUUUAGUUAUAUUAUGUCGUAUUGCUGAUCCUUUUUUGCUAAUAAAGUUAACAAUGAGCAAA